AUGGCCACGGGCCCCGAGGGCCUGGCCGAGGCCGAGGCGGCGAAGCGGCUCGAGGAGUUCGGGCCGAACGUGCUCGAGGAGGCGAAGCGCAACGAGCUGCUCAUCUUCCUGAGCUUCUUCUGGGGCCCCAUGCCCAUCAUGAUCUGGGCCGCGACGGCCGUCGUCGCCGUCGAGGGCGACUGGGAGGAUUUCGGCGUGCUCCUCACGCUCCAGGUCGUCAACGGCACCGUGGGCUUCUUCGAGGAGAAGAGCGCCGGCGACGCCAUCGCGGCGCUCAAGGACUCGCUCGCGCCGCGCGCGUCCGUGAAGCGGUCCGGCGCGUUCCGCUCCGUCGACGCGAGCACGCUCGUGCCCGGCGACCUCCUCAACGUCAAGCUCGGCGACAUCGUGCCCGCGGACUGCAAGCUGCUCGGCGGCAAGGCCCUCGAGGUGGACCAGGCGGCGCUGACGGGCGAGUCGCUGCCCGUGACGCGGGGGCCGGGCGACACGGUCUUCAUGGGGUCCGUGAUCCGCCGCGGCGAGAUCGAGGCCGUCGUCUGCUUCACGGGCGGCCGCACGUUCUUCGGCCGCGCGGCGGAGAUGGUGAACCGGGCCGCCGGCGAGCAGCAGGGGCGCUUCGCCAAGGUCAUGUUCCAGAACACGAUCGUGCUCUUCACGCUGUCCGUGACGCUCUGCACGGUCAUCUACUUCAAGCUCAUGGAGUCCGGGCUGAGCCCCCUCAAGGCGCUGGGCACGACGGUGGUCAUCCUCAUCGCCUGCAUCCCCAUCGCCAUGCAGAUCGUGUCGACGACGGUCAUGGCCGUCGGCGGCCGGUCGCUCGCGGAGAAGAAGGCGAUCCUCGCGCGGCUCAGCGCGAUCGAGGAGCUCAGCGGCAUGGACAUCCUCUGCAGCGACAAGACGGGCACGCUCACGCAGAACAAGCUCCAGCUCUUCGACCCCGUGCUCAUCGACCCGGCCGUCGACAAGGACGAGCUCGUCUUCCUCGGCGCGCUCGCGGCGAAGCGCAUGGCGUCCGGCGCGGACGCGAUCGACACGGUCAUCGUCGCGUCCGUCGCCGAGCGGGACCGCCCGCGCCUCGACGCCCACGAGGAGCUCGACUUCACGCCCUUCGACCCCGUGCUGAAGCGCACGGAGGCGACGGUCCGCGACGAGCGCGGCGCCGUCCUGCGCGUGACCAAGGGCGCGACCAAGGUCGUGCUCGACCUCUGCGCGGACAAGGCCGCCGUCGAGGCCGACGUGCUCCGCGCGAACCAGGACCUCGCGGACCGGGGGUUCCGGUCCAUCGGCGUCGCCGUCGCCCGGGGCGCCAAGGGCGCGUUCAAGUUCGCGGGCGUCAUCUCGCUCUUCGACCCGCCGCGCGUGGACACGAAGGAGACGCUCGAGCGGGCGCGGGGCAUGGGCAUCGCCGUCAAGAUGGUCACGGGCGACCAGACGGCCAUCGCCGUCGAGACGUCCAAGUCCAUCGCGCUCUCGGCGCGGGCGACGCCCGUCGUCGAGGACAUGCGCGCGUUCGCGGCCGCGGAGAAGCGGGGCGAGGCCGAGGCGACGGCGCUCUGCGAGCGCGUCGACGGCUUCGCCGAGGUCUACCCGGAGCACAAGUACCGCAUCGUCGAGCUCCUCCAGCUCGCGGGCCACACGGUCGGCAUGACGGGCGACGGCGUCAACGACGCGCCCGCGCUCAAGAAGGCGCAGAUCGGCAUCGCCGUCGAGGGCGCCACGGACGCGGCGCGCGCGGCGGCGGACAUCGUGCUCACGGAGCCGGGCCUCUCCGUCAUCAUCGACGCGAUCACGACGUCGCGGUGCAUCUUCGCGCGCGUCCGCAACUACGUCAUCUACCGCAUCGCGUGCACGCUCCAGAUCUUCGCCUUCGCCAUCCCCGUCAUCGGCAUCGUCAUCAUCACCAUCCUCAACGACGGCUGCAUGCUCACGAUCGCGCGCGACGCCGUCGUGCCCGCGGCGAAGCCUCAGUCCUGGGACCUCGCGGAGCUGCGCCUCGUCGCGACGGUGCUCGGCGUCGUGCCCCUGGCGUCGAGCCUGCUGCUCCUCUGGCUCGGGCUCACGUCCGCGGACGGCCUCUACCCGUCGUACGCCUGGCUCUUCGGGAGGAAGCAGCUCAUCAUGAUCAUGUACCUGAAGAUCUCCAUCUCCGACUUCCUCACGCUCUUCGCGAGCCGCACGCGCGGGCCCUUCUACGAGCGCGCGCCGGCCCCCCUGCUCUUCGCGGCGUUCCUCGUCGCGACGCUCACGGCGACGCUCCUCGCGACGCAGGCGGACCUCGACGACUCGACCUACCCCAUGUACGCCAUCGGCUCCAACGCCGCCGCCUUCGUCUGGCUCUACAACCUCGCCUGGUUCGCCGUCCAGGACGCGGCCAAGGUCGCGCUCUACCGCGCCUUCGACCUCCGC